AUGACAAAUGUCACUAAACUUACUCCCACAAAUUAUCUCAUGUGGAAGCUUCGAGUUCAUGCCCUUGUUGCUGGUUAUGGCCUUGUUGGUCAUCUUGAUGGUUCAACGCCGGCUCCAUCUCCCACUCUCACCUCCGAGACUGUCGUCUCUGACAAUCCAGCCUUCGUCAAUUGGCAACGUCAAGAAAAAUUGAUUUAUAGUGCUCUUCUGGGUGCUAUCUUGCUUAAUCUUCAGCUAAUCCUCUCUCGUACAACAACUUCCUCUGAGAUCUGGAGUACUCUUGCGGAGAUAUAUACUAAGGCGAGUAGAGGACACAUUCAACAGCUGAAAGAUCAGCUACAGACAUGGACUAAGGGAUCUCAUACUAUCGAAGAGUAUCUCCAAGGUCUUACCACCAGGUUUGACACUCUCGCUAAUAUGGGUAAACCAAUGGAUUAUGAUGAUCAAAUCGACUUAAUUCCUGCAGGUUUACCAGAGGACUACCGUCCUAUUAUCGACCAAAUUGAGGCUCGUGAUGUCUCUCCUACAAUUCCAUAUGUUCACGAGAGGUAG